UUGGCGGUUUGCGAUUCCACCCAGGACUCGCAAGAGCACGGCCACUUCCUUUUCCUCCCCACGCUAGGGACUUAUUCCUCUACUGGGCUGGCUUCCCGUUAGGGGUUCUGUCCGCGUUCUUGCCCCAGCGUGACUUUCUUCAGGGCGUGGUUGCAGGAGCCUCACGCGGCAGCUCUGUGCCCAUGAAGAUCUCGCUGGUGACCCUCCAGCCCCGCCACCAUGAACGGGACCCUGAUCCCCCAUACGCCCAUCGCGGUGGACUUUUGGAGCCUGCGCCGGGCUGGUUCCGCACGGCUCUUCUUUUUGUCCCACAUGCACUCGGACCACACCGUGGGUUUGUCUAGCACCUGGGCCCGGCCCCUCUACUGCUCCCCAAUCACUGCUUACCUCGUGCAUCGUCACUUACAGGUAUCCAAGAAGUGGAUCCGAGCCCUGGAGGUUGGUGAGAGCCAUGUCCUGCCUCUAGAUGAAAUUGGGCGAGAGACCAUGACUGUAACCCUCCUGGAUGCCAAUCACUGCCCUGGCUCUGUCAUGUUUCUCUUUGAAGGAUACUUUGGAACCAUCCUCUACACAGGUGACUUUCGGUAUACACCAUCCAUGCUAAAGGAGCCAGCCCUGAAACUAGGGAAACAGAUCCAUACCUUAUACCUAGAUAACACCAAUUGCAACCCAGCCUGGGUUCUUCCCUCCCGACAAGAAGCUGCCCGCCAGAUUAUCGAGCUAAUUCGAAAGCAUCCACAGCAUAACAUAAAGAUUGGACUCUAUAGCCUGGGAAAAGAGUCGCUGCUGGAGCAGCUGGCCCUGGAGUUUCAGACCUGGGUGGUAUUGAGUCCUCGGCGCCUGGAGUUGGUGCAGCUUCUGGGCCUGGCAGACGUGUUCACGGUGGAGGAGAAGGCCGGCCGCAUCCAUGCCGUGGACCACAUGGAGGUCUGCCGUUCUGCCAUGCUACAUUGGAACCAGACCCACCCUACCAUUGCCAUCCUUCCCACAAGCCGGAAAACCCACAGCUCCCACCCCGACAUCCACAUCAUCCCUUACUCGGACCACUCCUCCUACUCAGAGCUCCGGGCCUUUGUGGCAGCACUGAAGCCUUGCCAAGUGGUGCCCAUUGUCAGUCGGCAGCCCUGCAGGGACUACUUUCAGGACAGCCUGAGCCCCAGGCUCUCUGUGCCCCUGGUCCCGCACUCUGUGCAGCAGUAUAUGAAUUCCUCCUCAAGAAAACCAAGCUUGCUCUGCCUGUUGUUAGAAAGGAGACUAAAGAGGCCGAGAACCCAGGGUGUCAUGUUUGACUCCUUUCCGGAAACUGCUGAUCAAUCUCAAGGUGACAUGGACUCGCAGGAGGCCAAGAAUGACAACCUUUCUGGGCACCUCGAGAAGCAGGCUUCCCACCGUCCUUUGCAGAUCAAAAAACCGUUGCUUCCGGACCUCUGCAGCAAAGAGUGGGAUGGGGCAGUCCCUUUCUCAGAGUCCCAGAAGAUGGUGACUGUACUGACUGCCCCCUUGAAUGUGUCAGUGCACUUACGGUCCACAGAUGAGGAAUUUAUGUCUCUAGAAACUGGGGAGGAAAUUGGUGUGUGGCCCCACUCGGUCCCCAGGGGAAACCAUGAUGGCUUAGCAGCCACAGGGAACCAGAGCACUUGGACGGGCCCGGAUUGUCCCCUGACUCACAGCAGCGAGGCAGCCCCUCUCCUGGCUCCUGAGUUCAGGGGCCUGGCACUGAAAUACCUUCUGACUCCAGUGAACUUUUUCCAGGCCCAGUUCUCUUCCAGGGGCUUUGACCAGCAAGUGGAAAAAUACCAUAAACACUUGCUGAGGUACAGGGAGGAGAAUGACACCUUCGUUUGAUCCAACACCGUGGUUGUAAAGAUAGUGACCCAUGGCUGCUGGAGAGACUUUGUUUUGGGCCUUACUUUUCUAAAAAUAUUUUUUUUACAUUUAUUCAUUUUUGAGAGAUAGAUGGAGCAUGAGCGGGGGAGGGACAGAGAGAGCCAGGGAGACAGAAUCCGAAACAGGCUCCAGGCUCCGAGCUGUCAGCACAGAGCCCGACGCGGGGCUCGAACUCACAGAUCACGAGAUCGUGACCUGAGCGGAAGUCAGACGCUUAACCAACUCAGCCACCCAGGCACCCCUAGGCCUUACUUUUCCAUCUUCACAGGAUCCCUGUGGGCUCACCCUGGAGCAGUAGCUCACAAAGUGUGUUCAUUGGAAUCCUAGUGCCCAUGGAGCCAUUAGUUUCAUGGUUGGCUACGUUUAAGAAACACUUUUCAGGGCGCCUAGGUGGCUAAGUCGACUGAGCAUCUAACUCUAUUUCAGCUCAGGUCAUAGUCUCACAGUUUCGUGGGCUCCAGCCCCACACGGGGCUCUGUGCUAAUGGCAUGGAGCCUGCUUGAAAAUCUCUCUCUCCCUUCUCUCUGCCCCUCCCCUGUUCACAUUCUCUGUCUCUGAAAAUAAAACAACACUUUUCAAUAUACCCUCUGCACAGCAUACAUGAGCAUACUAAAGGUUCUGAGAAGUCUUACAGUAACUUAAUCUGUUGAACUCAGUAUUUCUGCAACUUUUUUGAACAUGCAGUCCUCUGACAUGGGUGCAGUAAGAGAUGCAGUCUGAAUCAGAAAGGACCGGGUCACUCCCAUUAUUAUUUUGUGCACCAUGUGCCAUUCCCAAGUCUUCUUACCCUUCUCCCCAGAUAAAAAUUCCAUUUUUUAAGUUAGGAACUGUUGGAGGGUAAAGUGGUGAUCCAGGCAGCAUGAUACAAUCUCGAAUGUCACUAACUUGCUGUGACCCUGUCCAAGUGACUUCCUGUCUUUGCCUCUGGGAGGGAACAGGAAGCAGUGAAGAACCCUGGAAUGGUAGAGAAAAACUCGCCCCUGCCUCUAUGAGAGUCUGCAGUUAGUGUCACUAGAGACUUCUCUGGAACAGAGCCAGCUGGCGUAGUGGGCACCCUUCACCAAGGCCAUACCUGGAACCCAGCACGUAGGGUAUGAUGGCCUCCCAGCUGCCUGGAGGCCCUGACUAUUUAGCCAAAAUAAAGUUACAAAAGAUCAAAUGUGCUGCCAGA